CCUACCCGGUUAGUUGCAGAAAUGGAGUCGCUCCUCCAAGCAUCCUCCGCGACCAGUCUCGCCCCAAACUUCCCAAAAUUUACAAGCUUUUCUCGAACCCAAAUCCCUCAUUUGAAAUCAUCACUUUGGUUCUUUAAUCCUGGACGCAGAAACCCAGUAAUUGUCCUGGCAAAAAAUAAGAAGAACAAGCAGGACACUCACAGCUUCGUCCCCAAACCAGAUGAAGCCACCGGUCCUUUCCCUGAAGCUGUCCUUCUCAAACAGAAGAAAGUUCAAGAAGACGGAAGACUCCUCCCUGACUUUGCUGAUGAGGAAGAACAAGAGCUGUAUGAAUAUCUCAACCUUGAGCUGGAAAGCAAAUUGAAUGUGGAACAAAUGCGCCACUACGAAGUGGUUUAUUUAAUUCAUGAGAAGCAUGGAGAGGAGGUUGGGAGUGUGAACGAGAAAGUUCAAGACUUUCUAAGGGGGAAGAAAGGCAGAAUAUGGAGAUUGAAUGAUUGGGGACUUCGGAGACUGGCAUACAAGAUACAGAAAGCAACCAAUGCCCACUACAUUUUAAUGAACUUUGAGUUGGAAGCUAGAUGGAUCAAUGAUUUUAAGACCAUGUUAGACAAAGAUGAGAGAGUAAUUCGGCAUCUGGUGAUUAAGAGGGACAAAGCAAUCACGGAAGAUUGUCCUCCUCCACUUGAGUGGCACACUCUUCGUGCUGGUGCAGAUGAUUAUGACGAAGAAGAAGAUGAUGCAGAUUUUGAUGAUGUCUAUGAAGAUGAUGGAGAUUGGGAUGACGAGGAAGAUGUGGAUACCUAUGAAGACGAUGAUGCCAUUACUGAAGACGGUAUUAUUGCUGAGAACAAAGAUGAUGAUACAGAAGAUUGGACAGCUAGUGUAGGUAACACAGAAAGAAAAGACCGCAAAGCUGAAAAGAUAGCUAGGUAAUGUGGUUUCCAAGCAAAAUUCUGCAUUCUUUUGGGCAGUAAUCUGGGAGGAUUACAUAAAUGUAGCUCUCUGCAAUUUUGUGGGACUAUUCGAUGUUAACUUAUAUCUAUCUUAACAUUACCAAUUCCCAUUAAAAAAAAAAAUUGCAA